CCGGUCAUUAUGACACGUAAAAUUGUAUUUUUCUCGCUACCCGUCGCGUCGCGUGAAUCUUGAGUGAUCUGUUUUUGCGUAUUUUUCUUGGCCUGAGGAAUUUACUCAACAAAACCAACCAAACCUUGGAUGGAUUCUCCGAUGCAACAGAAAGAAUUUUAAGCCGUUAGUUUACAGAUGUAAAUUUCGCCGGCACUUCUUCGCGUGAGGGUUUUUCAAAGUGCUUUCGUUUUGUCAUGCAAAUUCUGUGAGUGUGAAAUUGGCAGUGUUUUAGAACGGUGAAGCAAAACACGCAAUCGUUUGAACCGUUUUCAGCUCGCAUUAACAAUAUUACCGAGUCCGUACAUUUUGAAUCGAUAGUCACUGGUAAACACUUGCACAAAAGCGAAUUGAAAGUUGUUCAACAAUUCAGAAUCACUCAGGAUUGCCGUCAGCUACAUAAGUUCUCUGAUAUGUACGAUGGUUCCCACUGUUCUAGCAACUUCAGCCCGGCAAGAAGGAACAGCUUUAAAACAGAGGUGUAAGGCUACCUCAGCAUCACAGAGGUUUUGCAGGUCUAAAGCCAGCAAAAUGUUUUAUUGCAAGAUUUGCCUUUCAGAGUGUCCAAACAAGAAGGGACAAAAGCUAGACAAGUGCGCUUGUCUGUUUUGUAGCGAGUGCCUGGAAAAAUAUGUGUCGUACUCAAUUAACACUGGAAAUGUUCUGAAGUUACCCUGUCCAGAUCCUUUGUGCACAAAAAAUGGUUAUAUAACAAAGAAUGAGAUUACUUUGAUGGUCAAUGAUGACACAUUUCGCAAGUAUGUGAGGCUACGUAAAAAUAAAGAGGUUGCUGUAGAUAAAACCAAAACCUUUUGUCCUAUGGCUGGAUGCGAGGGAAUAUGUGAUGGGCUGCCUAGUGUAGCGCAGCCUACAGUCUGUCAAGAGUGUGGGUAUACUUUCUGCUUUGCCUGUAAAGAAAAUUGGCAUGCCACCAUGACAUGUGAUGAGUACAAGGAAGUCAUUUCUGACUCAGAGUCAGGAGCAAGAUUUGUGGACAUUCUGAGAGAGAAUGGUGGAGACAUCAAGGAGUGUCCGCUGUGUCAAGUGCUGAUAAUGCGAGAAGCUGGAUGCGCUCAGAUGAUGUGUGGUCACUGUAAACACAUCUUCUGCUGGCAUUGUCGCAAGUCACUGGAUAGCGACAUCAUGUUGAGACAUUAUGAUAAAGGUCCUUGCAGAAACAAGCUGGGCCACUCCCGAGCAUCACUGUUUCUACAUAGAACACAGGUUGUUGCUGGAUUUGCUUUCUUUGGAUUAAUGGUCUUAGUGGCAUCUCCAUUUCUACUAUUAGUCUCACCUUGUUUGUUGCUUUCAAAGUGUCUUUUCCGCAAAGAAGACAUGUAGGACAAAUUUUGGCCACAGAAAUGAACUUGGUUACCAAGAAAUUUACUGUUUUCUCUAACAAACUAACUAGGUUUGGUUUCAUUAGAGGUCUUUUCAAAGAGAAGAGGCCAGUUAAAAAUAUUCCACUAAUAUUAAUGUUGCAUGUUUUCAGCAGUUAUUCUGUAUAACAGAAAAAUUUAGAUUGUUUUAAGCUUUUAAAGACUUUUAAAGAUUUCAAGCAGUGAAACAUACAACAGAUACUUGUAUUAAAUGAUAAUGAAUGCGGAAACAAGAUUUCUGCAAAAGUCAUAAAUUAUAAUAAUUAUGCUGUUCAGUUCCAGUUAGUUUCAGUUUUUUUUUUAACUGGAUAUUGCUUCCUCUAUAAGGAAAUCAAUCAUUGUAAUAAUCCAUUAAGUUUAGCUGUAAAUAAAAGUUCUUUACCAUUA